AUGGCGUCCUUAUACUCUCUAAUAGUACCACUCCAGCUCUCCUUCCUUGGUUUCCUCUUCUUAUUCACUACCGCCGUCGCCAGUAACCACUACAGCCAUUCACCUAUUUCGAAGCCGAAAACUCAUAAUUCCUUCUCAUCAUCAUCCAUUCCAGUUGAGAUUCAAGAAGCUUGCAAGGCCUCACGUGACCCUCCAACAUGCCAGGCUGUAUUGGUAUUGGUCCAGCCAAAACACUUGACGACACCCCAAAUCAUUCAAUCAGCCUUGGAGGUCUCUUCCCAGAACCUUAACCAGGCUCAGUCAAUGGUGAAGAAUAUCCUCGAUGCUUCCACAGGGAAUCUAAACCGUACAAACGCAGCAAAAGUUUGUAUUGAGGUGCUCUGCUUUUCUGACUAUAGAUUGAAUCUCACGGCUGAGGCCUUGCCACGUGGCGCGAUCAAAGAUGCUCGUGCCUGGAUGAGCGCUGCCAUGGUAUACCAGUACGACUGCUGGUCUGCUUUGAAGUACGUAAAUGAAACAUAUCAGGUGAAUGAAACGAUGGCGUUUCUCAACUCCUUGAUCGGGUAUAGCAGUAAUGCACUGGGGAUGAUGGUGAAUUACGACAAUUUGAGGAAAGAAACUGGGUCUUGGAGCCCGCCCAAGACGGAACGAGACGGGUUCUGGGAAUUAGGUGCUGGUGGGUCUACUGGGCAGGAAUUCAACGGUGGGGUACCUAGAGGACUGAAACCAGAUGUGACAGUGUGCAAGGCUGCCGCUGGUGGUUGUGAUUAUGAGACGGUGCAGCAGGCAGUGAAUUCGGCGCCGGAAAAUGGGGUAGCGAGGCGGUUUGUGAUAUGGAUCAAAGCUGGAUUGUAUGAGGAGAUAGUUCGGGUGCCAUUGGAGAAGAGGAAUUUGGUCUUUCUGGGUGAUGGUAUGGGGAAAACCGUCAUUACCGGAUCCAGGAAUGUUGGACAGUUGGGCGUUUCCACUUAUGAUUCUGCAACUGUUGGAGUUGUUGGUGAUGGAUUCAUGGCCAGUGGUAUCACAAUCCAAAAUACAGCAGGUCCAGAUGCUCACCAAGCUGUAGCAUUCCGAUCCGAUAGUGACCUUUCCAUCAUUGAGAAUUGCGAAUUUCUUGGCAAUCAGGACACCCUGUACGCCCACUCUAUGCGCCAAUACUACAAGUCAUGCCGCAUCCAAGGCAAUGUAGACUUCAUUUUCGGGAACUCAGCUACCGUCUUCCAAGAAUGUGACAUCCUUGUUGCUCCUCGGCAACUAAAUCCAGAGAAGGGAGAGAACAAUGCUGUUACAGCUCAUGGAAGGAUAGACCCAGCGCAAUCAACUGGCUUCGUCUUCCAAAACUGUUUAAUAAAUGGAACUGCAGAUUACAUGACCUUAUACUACAGCAAGCCUAAAGUACAUAAAAAUUUCCUCGGAAGGCCAUGGAAGGAGUAUUCUAGGACAGUCUUUAUACAUUGUACAUUGGAAGCUCUUGUUAGUACUGAUGGAUGGAUGCCUUGGAAUGGAAAUUUUGCUCUGAGUACUCUUUACUAUGGAGAACUCGAAAGUACUGGUCCUGGAGCAAAUACAACAGGACGGGUGCCAUGGAGUAGCCAAAUCCCAGCUGAACAUGUUGGCUCAUACUCUGUACAAAAUUUCAUUCAGGGCGAUCAAUGGAUUCCUCCAUCUUGCUGAUGAAUAGUACUGUAAUCUGAAGUAGUUAGCUAAAAGUCAUGUUCGUGAUCGCGCUGUCUUAUGAAUUACAAAUAUAUUAACCUCUUGUAUCAUUGCGGGAAGAUUUAUGAAAUUUUUAAAUAUGAGAUCUUUCCUAAAGCUUCAAUUUC